CAGUGAAUGAACGCUGGGAUGGCGCUGCACCAUCAAAUGGAAUUCGCCCUCUGUCAUGUGUACUGAUCUGGUUUCUGCAAAGACACCCACAUCUCCGUCCUUUUAGCUUGAGAAGAAUGGUUAUUUGUCAAUGGGUGUGAGUCGGCUUGAUGUUCUGUAUAGAAGGCUUCUCCUCACCAAACUCUUCAUCCAAGGAUGGGGAAAGCCAGAGGACCUGAAAAGAAUAUUUGCAUUCCGGAAGAUUAUUGGCAACAGGGAGAAAUGCAAGGAUCUGGUACAGAGGGACUAAGUAUUUAUUGACAAGGUAGAAGAUCACACAGAUUGCAAAAUUCACAACGGUCAUUUCAUAUCACCGCUGGAGCACUUUGUCCCGGGCAUCUUGCCAGCUGAGUCUGUCAAAGCCCGAUUCCAGUUUAUUGUACCUAAGAAAUGGAAAAGGCACAGACCAGUCUGUAUCCACCUGGCAGGAACAGGAGACCACUUUUUCUGGAGAAGACGAACACUAAUGGCCAGACCAAUGAUUAAAGAAUCAGGGAUGGCAUCUCUACUAUUGGAGAAUCCUUAUUACGGAUACAGGAAACCUAAAGACCAGCUUCGCUCCAGUCUGAAGAACGUAUCGGACCUGUUUGUGAUGGGUGGAGCGUUGAUCCUAGAGUCUGCUGCGCUGUUACACUGGCUGGAGCGAGAGGGUUUCUGGCCUCUAGGCAUGACUGGCAUUUCUAUGGGGGGACAUAUGGCGUCAUUAGCUGUAACAAACUGGCCCAAACCAAUUCCACUCAUACCUUGUUUAUCCUGGACGACUGCUUCAAGUGUUUUUACCACAGGUGUUUUAAGUCGAGCUGUGAACUGGAGAGAAUUGGAAAAGCAGUAUGCAGCACACACAGUCUAUGAGGAAGAAAUCAUCAAUAUGCUGGAGUAUUGUGGGACAGACUCUUUCAGAAUGGGCCAGGAAUUUGUAAAAAAUGCCCCGGGCAGCUUUGACCGUCUCUCUGACCUGGAACUUACCCAUGACCUUCUUGACCUCCACUCGCCAAAGAGGGACCACCAGAUGGGGCUGCACUCCACUUGUUCUCAGCCGGGGACUGGAGGUCACGCCUCAGACUCGGCCCUACUGAUGGGCCGAAGAGAGAGAGACGGCCUGGAUCAGAUGCUGUCUGCUGUGAGCAGCAGCAGGCCUCAUUUGGACAUGCUCCAUGCUAAAAACAUCACCUGCGGGGCUGGUCAGCGGCAUUCGUGGCAACGAGAAUCUCUCUGCUUCAUGAAGGGCGUAAUGGACGAAUGCACACACAUCGCCAAUUUUUCAGUGCCUGUAGAUCCCAGUCUGAUUAUUAUAGUCCAGGCAAAGGAAGACGCUUAUAUUCCACGCACUGGAGUUCGCAGCUUACAGGAAAUCUGGCCUGGCUGUGAGGUUCGCUACCUCAAUGGAGGCCACAUCAGUGCCUACCUCUUCAAACAAGGACUGUUUCGGCAAGCAAUUUAUGACGCCUACGACAGGUUUCUUCAAAAGUAUUCCAGCUUAUAGCCGUGGAUGUUUUUGGUACUCCCUACUAACAAGAAUUGUUGGAUUCUGAGAGUAUGAUGUGGAGAUGGAGAACACUGAAUAUGAUGACUUUGAUUUUUACAGAAGAAUAUGUAAUUGGAACUAAACCUGGUGCUACCAAAGGGAGUCGGUGUGCAGCGGUUGUAGUGGCAGAAGUGUGUUUCUCUUUGUGAUUCACCUCAAAACUCAGAAUGACCUGAAGCCAACUUACAUGUGCUCAACCCAUACAAAACCUCGUCUUCCUGACCUCACUGCCUUUACUCAUGUAUGUCAUCAUGAUUGAAACAUAUUUCACCAAACGAAACAGACGUGCCUCCAAACCAUAACUCAUUCACACAUCAAGGUGUCUUUAAACCUCCUAACGAAGCAGAUCUUUGAAAAUAUACUAUUUUGAAUUGUAGGGCAAUGAAUUAACUUGAUAUGCAUUUGAUAUUUUUGUUUCAUCCUAAUUUUUAGAGCAAAUGUUUGCCUGUUUUUAUAAAAUAAUGCAUCUAAAAAAUGCCCUUGUCAUGGGCAGGUCAUUGUUUUAAUCUUGCAGAUGUAUCUCAGAAAUUUAAAAAAAUACAAAUUCAGGUGAAUUGUUUGAGAACUGAUCAAGUCAUAUAUUUUUAGUACUUAAACAGGUCUUUAGCAAUGACUGGCAUAUAUGAGACAAAUAUGAGAUAUAAUACAUAUUACAUAUGCAUAUGAGACAAAACUCAGGUGCUGAUGGCAAGAAACAUGACCACAAUUCAAAAUAGACUUUCUGUGAACUGCUUUCUUAAAAAUCAGUGCUGCAUGUAUUUCUAUUCCUUAAAUCCUAAUCACUGCCAAAUACUACAGUAACGGCUAACAAUCCCAGUGUUUCAAUAGACUGAAAUGUUUUAUGUAUUACUAUUGUCACUUUCUGAUGUAUCACGUUCUGUAUUCAUCAUGAGUCAUUCAUUUGUUUCUCCACUCUAAAAAUAAAAAGACAAU